AGACUGACUUGCAAGUUCUUCAUAAAACUGCCUAUUAAGUUCUAACCCUUCCUUGUUUUGGAUACUGUUACCUAUUUGUAUGUCUCCAUCUUAAGAAGGUGUACAAGUUCCAAGACUGGGUAGUUGGUAAUAAAAAUAAAUGCAAAUGUCACUCUUACCUAUUAUGCAGAUGUUGCUAUUUUCUGAGGCAUGUGAACACUCGGUGUGUGUGCAGCAAACUCCAGAGAAUGAAUGAGUGUUGUUUGUGCAGAGUGAGAACAGGACUGAUGCCGUAAACUUGGAGCUGCAUUUUUAGAAGGUAUCAUAGUGACCUUGUUACUGGUUUGUGCUUGCAGGGAGGGAGGGCUCUGCACUGACUACAGGGACAAUGCCAGUAAAGCUGUUCUUGAUGCUUCACCUAGCUGGGUUCUCUCUGGGUAGCUAAAAGCAUCUCCAUUUGAAAGUAUGCGAUUACUGGUUGGACUAGGUUAGUCUAUCAGCCUCUCCCUAAGAGAAAAUAAGGAAGACUCUGGAGAACUGACAGCUAUAAAAGACACUAUGCUUUUGUGCUAUAUUGUUGGUGCCUCAGCACCUAUAGUUAGCAGAUUAAAACUGUGAACUUCUAUAAGAAGGUAACUGGGAACUCAGUAUUUAAAGGUUAGAUGUAUAAUGAAGAUCUUGGAACAAGUGGAUAUACAUCCUUGCUGAAGAUGUCUCUUCCAAGCCAGCAUUGUUCCAAAAUUGUUAACCCUCCUCCACCAGAAUAUAUAAACAAUAAAAAUAGUGGUUGUCAAACAAACCAACUUCAGUACUUACAGAGAGUGGUCAUGAAAGCCAUGUGGAGACACAACUUUUCCUGGCCAUUUCAUCAGCCUGUAGAUGCAGCAGCACUGAAUCUUCCUGAUUACUACAGUAUUAUAAAGAAACCUAUGGACCUGAGCACAAUUAAAAAGCGUCUGGAACAUAAUUACUAUGCAAAAGCAGCAGAAUGCAUUGAAGACUUCAAAACUAUGUUCUUGAACUGCCACAUAUAUAACAAGCCAGGUGAUGACAUUGUGUUUAUGGCCCAAGAACUAGAAAAAGUGUUUAUGCAGAAAAUAGCACAAAUGCCACCAGAAGAAAGACUACUGAUUCCCAACAAAGGAAAGAGAAAAGGAAAGUCAUCAGUAGAAAUUCAGCAGCCCAAUCCUAGGACCUCAACUAAAGAGAGCACAAUGCAGAAACAAACUGACAGUGGUGAGCAGCCUCCAGUGAUGACUGAAGAGCUACAGCAGGUUAAGCUAACUCCUUUGUCUGCAGCUCAGCUGACUGCUUCAAUGCCAGCUGCAGUCCCUAUAACAAAAACAAAAAAAGGUGUGAAGAGGAAGGCUGAUACUACAACUCAUACGACUUCAAUAUUCAAAGCAAGCAGUGAAUCUUUGGCAAUGUUUAAUGAAAGUAAAGCUAUUAAAGCAUGCAGAGGUGACAACGAAUGCAUGAUACCAAAUAAGCUUCUGAAGAGGGACUUGUCAGAUUCUCAACAGUCACAUGGAUUUCUUAAAAAAAAUCAGUUAUCAGAACAACUAAAACAUUGUAAUGAAAUCCUUAAAGAAAUGUUUUCAGAGAAACAUUCAGCAUAUGCGUGGCCCUUCUUAAAACCUGUAGGUGUUGCAUCCUUCUCACUUGGUGAGGAACAAGGGAUCACCAAAUGUUCUACAGACCUAGGAACCAUAAAGAAAAAAAUGGAUAACUUUGAAUACAGAGAUACACAAGAAUUUGCCACAGAUGUUAGGUUAAUGUUCAUGGAUUACUACAAACGUAAUUCUCCAGACCAUGAAGCAGUUGCUAUGGCAAGAAAACUUCAGGAUGUUUUUGAGAUGCGCUUUGCCAAAAUUCCUGAUGAACCUGCUGCAAGUGUUUCUCUCCCACUACACACAAGAGAAGUGAGAAAAGUUUAUUCUAGUGACAGCAGUAGUGAUGACUCGUCAGAAGAGAAGUCAUCUGAAGACUAUGAGAAGGAGAGAAGAGUGCACCUUGCAAAGCUUCAGGAGCAACUUAAAGCCGUUCACCAGCAGCUACAGGCUUUGACCAGAGCAUCCUUACCUAGACUGAAAAGGAAAAAAGGGAAGGCUAAAAGGGAAAAAAGGAAGAACAAGGCAAAAUCUAAAAUAAAAAGCCUGAUUCAAAAGAAGAAAGACCUAAAACACAAGUCAAAGGAAAAGCAGUCUUUAAACACUCAACCAAAGAAAACCACGCAGCAGGUCUUGUUGGCACAUAAGUCAGAAGAUGAUGGUGCCAAGCCUAUGAAUUAUGAUGAAAAAAGGCAGCUGAGUUUGGACAUAAAUAAACUCCCUGGAGACAGGCUGGGGAAAGUAGUCCAUAUAAUACAGUCAAGAGAACCUUCUCUGAGGAACUCUAACCCUGAUGAGAUAGAAAUAGACUUUGAAACUUUAAAAACUUCAACACUCAGAGAACUAGAGAAAUAUGUGGCAACCUGUUUGAGGAAGAGACCAAGAAAGCAGCAUGCUAACAAAUCAGUGAAGUCAAAAGAACAAUGUAAUUCUGAGAGGAAACAAGAGUUAGAGAAGAGACUACUGGAUGUCAAUGGUCAGCUGAACCCGAAGAAAGGAAACUGCAAAUUUGAAAGCAAUGCUGAGUCUGGUAUUGGACCAAGCCGACUGAGUGACAGCAGCAACAGUAGCAGUUCCUUGGACUCUGGCAGCAGUACUAGCAGUGAUUCUAGCUCCUCAGAUAGCAGCGACUCUGAAUCGGUUACAGAAACAUGCUCAAAACAGAAUGAAACCAGGCAGAACUGUCCAAUUUCUAUGGAGCAACCUCAGAGAAUACCACUGGGCUUACAGAAGAUGCCCUGUGAUGCUGUUCUGCAAGCACAGCCCUCAUCUUCUACCAGUAGCUUGCAAAUUUCUGGAUCGUCUGAAUUGCAGCAGCCAUCUCCAAAUGUGCUACAGAGGCUUCAGCCUUUACAGAGUAGAUCUCUUAAACCACCAGAACAAAAUGCCCAGUCUCCCUCAGGUUAUUGUAACACACCUAAUGGUCAAAAUGCUCAAGAGACAGAAUUCCAAUUUUCUGCAGAAAAGGAUACAGGAAUUAAGAGUAUAGAUUCCUGGGUAGGCUUAUGUAAAACGAUGAUGCUUCCAGCUCCAAUAAAGACAUCUGCUGAGAGCUUCAAGCAAUUCAGGAAAGUGGUAUUAGAGAAAAAGGAUGGGCAAGCCCAGGAAUUAAAAAGGCCUCUGGUGCAAGCUGAGAGGGAACUGCAAAACCUGCCUCAAGAAAAAGAGAGGAGCCAUGAAGGCACAGGAUUGGAUGUCAUAGCAAUAAAAGACUGUGAGUCCCCAAAAGAAGAGGGUAAGACCAAACAACUGCCAGAAGCUCAACAACAUGCUCUCGUUCAAGACCGUAACUUGGCUAGAAAAAUGGAACAAGAACGCAGAAGGAGAGAAGCAACGGCUUGCACAAUUGAUAUGAAUUUGCAGAGUGACAUUAUGGCAAGUUUUGAAGAAAGUAUUGAAUGAAAGCUGCAGUUAAUGUAGAACUUAACCUUGACACUACUACCAGCCGCACAACUUUGAAAAUGUACUAGUUACGAGUUUAAACAUUGUCUACUUUAAAGCGCUUUUAAGCUCCCGUAAAAUGCUUAAUAUUAAAAGCUCGUUCAUCGACACAAGCAUCAUAAGAUUUUUUUUCUUAUUUACAAUGUAUUGUCAUCUAGCCCACUGUGCAAUGGAACAUUGUUGUUUUUUUGGUUACUGUUUCAUGUUUUGUGUGUAUACAUGAGAAAAUAUCAGCUUCUUGAUUUUUUUUCUCUUUUGCUUUAAUCCAUUUUUCAGAAACGAUUGAGAAUGUUACACUGUGCAUGGCCAAAUUCUCAUGCUUGUAUUAAGUCAGUGUACUCGAUAUGCACCUAUAUAAACUACUUUAAAUCCCAGUCUUGUCAAUUAUGUGAUUUCCAUUAGGAGAAUCAUUUACUAUGACGCAUUUGCACAGAAUCUGGGCUGUGACAAAAGACACAAUGAAAAUUUCUACAGGAUGUGUAAUGCUACUCAUAAUCAGAAAACAGUAUUUCCUGGAAAUCUAUAAUUUCAGCAGCAAAUCUAACUCACAAAUCCUGUAUAUUCACAUGUAUUGAGACAUAGACGUGCUGAUCUUUUGUUGAACAUAUUUUAUGCUAACAUAACGUUUGGAUAAGUGUGCAAGCAUGUUUGCCAGAUGGUUCUGAUUCUUCAUGGGAAGAAAUUAAAAUAUUCUACUUCUGGCUCCAGUUUGAAAGGCUUUCUGAUUAAUGCAAGAUUCUAAUAAUGUUGGAAUACUUAUCUGAACUAGGAACUAGUCUAAAAGACCUAUUUUCUUCUUGGUUACAUAUAGCUUUCUCAGUAAACCAAGUACAGGACUAGCCUGACUUCUCUUUGAAGAAUUAAUACCAAAAUAUAAUGUGUACUAUAGAAAAGUUGGGGAAGAAGAGCCCCCCUCAAGAUAAUCUAGUUCAACAGUUUGCAAACCUUUUUGAUCAUCAGUAAAAUAAAUAAAUGAAAAAAUAAAGCAUGCACCAACCAGUAUAUGUAUACUUAUUUAUAAAUUAUAUAUGUGUACUACUCUACAAAUAUAUUACAUACAUUAUAACACACAAAUGAUGUAAAGAAAAGGAUUAAAUAGACAUUACUUUUUUUGUUGUUUAAUAAUAGUACAAAAUAUUUUCUUCUUGUACCCCAGUGGAUUGUCUUGUGCUCCACAUUCACAUUUGAGCUAUAUUGACAUCAAGGCGUGGCUGAAUCUCCACCUCAAAUCUCCUGGGGAGAGCCCCAGGGAGACCUCUGGUCUAUCACGUUCCUGGAUCAAAGCUGGAAGUGAAGGUAACACUGGCAAUGGUGUAGUGUGGGUCUGUCACAGACCACCCAAACAAAUAACUGGACAAGAGUUUCUACAGACAAUUGAAUUUUCAGAUACAGGAAAUAAACUGCAUUUAAAUACAUAAAUGACAGUUAAGGUAUGCAUAAAAAUGGUAGCCUUAUCUUUCAGGUAGCUGGGAGAAAAGGUAGUGCUAGCUCCAAAAUACAUAUUUCGCCCUAAAAAGCUGCUCUGUAUCUUCUGUUACUCUUGGAAUGCUAGUAGUUGAUUAAUUUGUAGAAAGACUGUAUAUUGACAAAUGCUCAGACUAGGGUAUUGCUCCUUGAACUAUCUAAGGAUGUCCUCAUACAUGAGCUCCACGUGGCUGUAUGCUCAUGUCCACUGUUUGGGAGAUCUGAGCACUUGGCUAGGAAAGGGACUCUGGGUGACAAGAUGGGUUAUGACACAGAGUGGUGCUCUUAAGAUGUAUUGUUUGCUCUCCGCAUUAAAAGUGAUUUAGCCCUACCUUCAUUUCUUAAUACAUCGUUAAUAACUAUUUGUCCUACAAUAAAAUAUUACAGUUCACAUUCAGGACUCCCCGCCUUGCCGCUGUCUGGGUUAAUGCACACUCAAAACAUCCUGCUUUGGAAAUAGGAGGUGAUGGAGGGGAGGUGAGAAUUUAUUCUUUGCAUUUCGUCCACUCUAUAUAGCCACAUGUGCAAUACUAAUGGUAUGAGCUGGUACUUUUGCCUGUUCAAAAAAUAAUUCUAGCUUCUAUAACAACAACUCUGGUUACAGCAUCACCUGCUCACCAAGGGCUAUAUAUGAAAUUAGCCUUCUCUUAUUAAUUGUGAUGCAUGGGGGGAAAAACACACUAUUAUUUUGUACUGCUUUAGAUUGUCAUGAUGACUUGAAGUCAUAAUAUCAGUAGUGCUAAUACUAAUCUGAUAAACCUUUUAUCUGCAUCCUACAAGUCACUUGGAAGAUAAUGGGUUCCUACCUACAGGCAGACUGAUUUCAGCAGAAAGAGAGAUGGCUUCCAAAUGUAAGCAGCAGGCCUAUAAUGGCUACAUUUUCACAGAGCUCUCACCACUCUCGAUGCCAGCAAGAAUCCCACUAGUGCAGAUACAGCCUGUAUCCAAAUACUGCUUAAACAGACAUUGCUUAAGUAUGCAAAUUACCUAACUAUUAAAAUAUGAACAAAGUUCUGUUAUUCCAUUAAGUUACCUUGAACAUUUGUGAAAAUACCUGCACAAAUGCACCAUUUCUAUAUUAGCCUCUACCCUAGAAGAUAGUAUCCACACUUAAGUGGAAAGUAAGUUAAAAGCUUUGAUGUCCUGACGCUAAUCAAUGGAACAUGUUAAUUUUUUUGUACUAUCAGGUGGAGGGGAGGAUGAGAUUAGUUGAACUGACAGAAGGUAAGAAGGCAGAUGGCACAUCAUGAAGGGCAAAGCACACUGACAGAGCUUGUAAAACAAUCUGCCCUCAGGUUUGUUUGGCUUGGAACCCAUUAGAAAAACAAUUUAGAGCAGAAAACAGAAAAAUCAAAAUACAAGGACUCCAGAGAAAUAAUUGUUGUGUUUCUCAAUUUUGCUUAUUCAUCUUUGCCAUUAGUUGGCAUGAGAUAUACAGAAGAUUCUGCUAUUCUGGAGAAUGUGUGGAAGAGAUUUGAUGUGCAAACAGGCUUGCCACAGGUGUGUAGGCACCAUGGUCUUGGAAUACAAAGGAAGCAUUCCUCAGUGGAAGAGGAGUUCUACUGCUUUUUGGCAGAGGACAGCUAAAGCAGCUCAGCUGGAGAUCCAAGGAGACACUGAGCCCAGGGUGGGCUGAAGGCAGCAACAGCAAGAAUCUCACUGUACAAAAGCUGCUUUGAAUUGCCAGGUCCCCAGUGGUAUCAUCUUCCCAGCUCUGAUACUGGAUCCGUAUCUGAAGAUUGCAUAGCCAAACUCUAUAAGCUUUUGCAAAAGUUGUGUGUCAUUUUAAAGUUUAACGUAAAGCUACCUAGGUAGUUAGAUAUAUAAGCUAGAAAUAGAUUUGGUUCUAUCCUUGCGGGGAAAAAAAAAAAAAAAAAGCUCUGAGUUUUGUACAAGAAAUAUGGCUUAGUUUGGCCAAGUACCUGCUUAUAAGAAUGCACAUCGCUAUUCCAUUCUUAAUCCCUCUUGUAUUCUAGGUGCCUAAUCUAUGGCUGGGCUUUCAUCAACCUUUCUUUGGAAGUAGGUGGAAGCUUGUGGACAACUCCAGGAUUUCCAACCUUGUUUCUCCAAUUAUUCUUAGGGGAGGCUUUCUGCUAAUUCAUUCUGGUGGCUUGUUUAUUAGGGAGCUCAAUGACUACUGCGACACAAUGAUAUUGGCUGUUUUCCCCCUGCCAAACUUUCUAACUUAUCUAACUGGGUCACUGGUCUACCCAGGUACACUUUGGGGAAAAUCCUUAGUCUUAAAAAAGAAAGGUUAUCAGCACAAAGGCUGAUGCAUAAAAAAUCAGUUAUGUGCUAUUCCUAGGGUUGGUGGUAUGAGUAAUCGGAGUAUGAACGGAAGGCUCAGGCUUGGUAGGCAUGAUUCAUAUAAUCCUGCUGGAGUCUGCAGAGGUUAGUUUCUUAACUGAAUCAUACCAGCUUCUGAUGUUAUUCCUUCUCUUCUUGCCUAAGACAAGGAAGGGAGUCUUAAAUAGCCCUGCAUUUUUUUCCCCAGCAGCCCGAUAAAGCGCCCGACCUCAAAUCUGGGGGUCUCGCAUGCAGCCAAUGAGCACGGACAGUGAGCAGCAUGAUCCAUGGCAUUUUCUACAUACGUAAACCAACAACUGUUGUCAGCUGCUCUGGGCUACUGAGAUUUCAUUUAUUGAUAAAAGGAUGUUAGGCAGUUUUUUACCACUGCUUGAAGAUCUUAUCUGUAUCAGUAAAAAAAUAAUUUCAGAUACUGGUUUUGUAUUUUUUAAGAUUAAAAAUGCAUGAAAAUGGACAAUCAUUUAUAACA